AUGGGCACAAAAAAGCUUGGAGGUUGUGCAAAGUUUUUUGAAUGCUCAAAACCCUACUUGGCUAUGAUUUCUUUACAGUUUGGUUAUGCUGGCAUGACCAUUAUCACUAAGAUUUCACUCAACCAUGGCAUGAGUCAUUAUGUUCUUGUGGUUUUUCGUCAUGCUUUUGCUACCAUCGCCAUAGCUCCUUUUGCAUUUAUUUUUGAAAGGAAAGGUCAACCGAAGAUAACAUUCUCAAUUUUCAUGCAAAUUUUUAUCCUAGCUCUUCUGGGGCCAGUGAUUGAUCAAAAUUUCUUUUAUGCUGGGUUGAAACUCACAUCCCCAACUUUCGCAUGUGCAAUGAGCAACAUGCUUCCAGCUAUGACUUUUGUAAUAGCAGUGUUUUGCAGGAUGGAGAAGAUAAACAUAAAGCAAGUGAGAAGCAUAGCAAAGAUAGUGGGAACUUUAGUGACAGUUGCAGGGGCUAUGCUAAUGACCUUAUACAGAGGUCCUAUUGUAGAGAUGGUUUGGUUCAAACAAGCUCACUAUAAAACCAAUGGAGGAUCAUUGGACAGAGAUUGGUUAUUAGGCUGCAUUUUUCUCAUCAUUUCCACCAUUGCUUGGGCUUCACUCUUCGUUUUACAAGCAAAAGCUAUACAGACAUACAAGAAUCAUCAACUAACCCUAACUUCACUUGUGUGCUUUAUAGGCACAGUUCAAGCUAUUGUUGUUACUUAUGUUGUUGAACACAAACCUUCAGUUUGGAAAAUUGGAUGGGAUAUAAACUUGCUUACUGCUGCAUAUUCAGGGAUUGUUUCAUCAAGCAUAUCAUACUAUGUACAAGGAUUGGUAAUUGAGAAGAAAGGACCUGUGUUUGCAACUUCCUUUAGCCCUUUAAUGAUGAUCAUUUCUGCUGUCAUGGGUUACUUUAUCCUUGCAGAAAAAACUUAUCUUGGAGGUGUGAUUGGUGCCAUCUUAAUUGUGAUAGGUUUAUACUCAGUUCUAUGGGGAAAGCACAAAGAACAAUUAGAGAGUCAAGUGGAAGCUGGAAUUCCCUUGCCUGUAAAUGAUGCUGAAAGUUCAGCAUCAGAAGAGGAAAAUAUGGUUGAUGCUAGAGAUAAUUUCACUGAAGAAAAACAUGAUCAGAAAGUAGAACCUAUCAGUAUCAAAUUCUCUUCAAUUGUAAUUACGUUGUCUAUUCAAGAGUCUCCUACUAGAUAA